GGAGCCCUCUGAGAGGGCAGACAGGUCCCACUUGGCACCCAGGCAACUUCCUCCAGAAAAUCCUGAACAGCAUGGAGUAUAAGGGGGCCCAUUUAGCCUUUAAAUCACGCUGGCACAAGACAGAUGAGGAACUCUGUCGACACAGCAUGUCCUUCAUCCUCCACAAGGCAAUUCGGAACGAUUUUUUCCAGAGUUAUCUCUACCUUCUGGAGCGGCUGCCUUUGGUCAAACUUUAUGCUCUGACAAGCGAAGUCAUCAACGGUGAGAUGCAGUUCUACGCCAGAGCCAAACAUUUCUACAAAGAGGUGCCAGCAUCGGAAGAAGGCAUGAUGGGGGAUUUCAUCGAGUUGUCCAACACAGAUAUUGAGUCCUCCAGGGAAUUCCUUAAGAAUUUUAUAGGGGGGCCUGGCAAAGCGGGCACCGACUUCGCUCUUGACUGCGGCUCGGGAAUUGGGAGGGUGAGCAAACAUGUCCUUCUUCCCUUAUUCGAGCACGUGGAGCUGGUAGACAUGAUGGAUGUUUUCCUGACAGAAGCUCAGAACUACUUGCAGGGCCAGGGAGAAAAAGUCGACAUGUACUAUUGCUGCAGCCUCCAGGAAUUCACGCCAAUGCCAAGAAAAUAUGACGUCAUCUGGAUCCAGUGGGUUUCAGGAAACCUGACAGAUAAGGAUUUACUGGGGUUUUUCAUUCGCUGCCAGGAUGGUUUGAAGGAGAACGGCGUCAUUAUCCUGAAGGACAACGUGGCACGGGAGGGCUGUGUCCUCGACCCGUUGGACAGCAGUGUCAUCCGAGAUCUGAACAUCCUCAGCAGUCUUAUUGAAAAGAGCGGUCUCACCAUCGUGAGACGGGAAAAGCAAGAGGGCUUCCCUGAGCAGUGUGUACCAAUCUGGAUGAUAGCCAUGCAGAAGAAUCCUAUCCAUAUGAGAAAUGGGAUGUUGUAAGGGCCAUUGACAUAGGGCUGGGAUUCAGGGCAACAGAGUAGGGGGAAUCGAAGUAGUGUUUCCAGACUGGAUUUCUCGUCGUAAAACAGCAGCAGCACUGCACUGCCAUGUUUUUCCUCUUCAGUUUCAACGGUUUUCGGAGCUCAGAAGAAUGGUUGCCAUUCUUUUUAAUGCAAUGGGUGUAGAGGACCCAUCAAACAGCUAUCCUAACCUAUGCAGUCUGAUAACAGACUGGGAUAGCAUCU